AUGCUCGAGAAGGUGGGUGAGCAUCCGGACGACUGGAGUACCAUCCUCGUAUUCAUGGUCAGUUCGCGGCUUGAUUCCGCCACCAUGCGUAAUUGGGAGACGCAUCGGAGAUCAACUAACGUCCCUACGUACAAGGAACUCAUCGAGUUUUUGCGGAGUCAUAGUUUAAUCCUUCAAUCUGUUGCUGCAGCUAAGCCUCGACCGUCAGAUACUCCUCGCACGUCCCUCUCAUCUCGUUCUAACACUACCAAGCUAACCUCAGCGCAUUCAGCCAUGUCGACUCCGCAGAAAACUUGCCCUUUCUGCAAACAGUCAUCGCAUUCACCGUUCCAGUGUGAAAUCUUUCGCAAAAUGACCGCUACAGAGCGGUUCGAAGCCACUAAGAAAAAUGCACUCUGCAUUAAUUGCCUUUCGCCUUCACAUCUCGUCAAGAACUGUGCGAGUGGAGCCUGCCGCGUGUGUAACCAUAAACAUCAUACGAUGCUGCAUCAACGAACCAAUUCGUCUAAUAGUCAAACAAACCAGCCUCAAGCAUCGAAGCCUUCGUCAUCUGGUUCGCAGUCAUCCUCUUCGUCCUUCACUCCAGCAAAUCACUCACAGUCUGCUCAAGCAAACAAACCAUCUACGUCUCCAGAGAACCCAGCCCCCACAGUCACUGCCCUUUCGGCAAGCCACUUUUCGUCAGCACCCAACGAGCAGCAGCAUAUCGUCCCUACCACGGUGUUACUAUCAACAGCUCUCGUGAAGGUCUUCAAUCCUACCGGACAGUCCCUUUGGGCCCGUGCUCUUCUGGAUUCGGGGUCGCAGCUUAAUUUCAUAUCGGAGCAGCUUGUUCAAAAAUUGAGGCUGACGCGUAACAAGGAAUUCAUCCCAAUCAGUGGUGUUGGACUUUCGUCUACGUUGUCUAAAUAUUCUACUACCGUUCGAAUUCAGUCCCAUCGCGCUGAUUUUGAUACCAGUUGGAAAUUUCACGUUCUUUCCAAGAUUACGAUGGAGUUACCAAAUCAAGUGAUCGACGUAUCCAGUCUAAAAAUUGCAUCAGACAUCCUGCUAGCGGAUCCCUCGUUUAGUCAACCUGGUCCUAUAGACUUGAUCUUCGGAGUACAAAACUCUUACGACCCGUUGAAGGAUGGCCAACUGAAGAAUGGUCCCGAAACACCUAUUCUCCAAAACACUGCACUGGGAUGGGUGGUAUCUGGGAAAGUCAGAUCUGGAAAAAUACAGUCAUCAGUCGCUAAUUUCGCUUUUUCAACUGGUACAAUCGAGGAACAGUUGGCUCGAUUUUGGGAAAUCGAAUCUUGCCACACUACCAGUACCCUUUCCUUGGAGGAAGCUGCAUGCGAGGAGCAUUUUGCCAAAACCACUACGCGAGAUUCCACCGAUCGCUUCGUCGUCACACUUCCGAAACGGGAAGCAGCAUUUGCUAAACUGGGCAGUUCGAAAGAAAUUGCUACUCGUUGCUUCUUAGCUUUAGAACGUUGA